GUUCUUUUCAGGUGAACCUCUGAGUGCAAUUGUCCUGAAGCUCAAAGAGACAUCAGCACAGGGCAGCUGAGACUAGGACUGACUGACAGGCUGGCUGUCAUCUCUACAAGACAAUUUGCACUUAAAGGACUGUCCCUUUGCCUCUGAAGAUCCACAGGGUUUCACAUGGAGUGCAGCAGAAAUGCCAAGGAUUUCUGCCUUAGAAACACCCCUCAGGUGGUGUAGCUGGAAUAAAAAAAAAAAAAAAAAAAGAAAGCCCCACAGCCCUGCUCUGCAGCUGGGUGAACUGGCAGCAAAAAUGUGCAAUCUCCAGAUAUCAGGAGUGAAUUGAAUCUGGGAUUACCCCAUGUGCCUCUUCACCUCUUGCUGUAAGGCAGAACUGAAUCCUGCAUUGCCCACAGCAGAGCCCCCUGCUCCCAAGGACAUUCUCAGGCAGCAUUAAUGAGAACUCUUGAAAGUGACCUGUCAAAUGUCUGCCUGGAAGAGGGCAAGUGUGUUAGGGGGGUUUUAAUGAGAAAUUGAGAUAGUUUAUUGUCUGAUAACUCUGUAGUAAAUUAUCACCAUCUUUCUAUUCCUUGGGCAGUGUCCAUAUCCAGAACCAGCAAAUGCCCAACAGCAGCUCUGUGAGCGAGUUCCUCCUGCUGGCAUUCGCAGACACACGGAAGCUGCAGCUCCUGCACUUCGGGCUCUUCCUGGGCAUCUACCUGGCUGCCCUCCUGGGCAACGGCCUCAUCCUCACUGCCGUAGCCUGCGACCACCACCUCCACAUCCCCAUGUACUUCUUCCUCCUCAACCUUGCCAUCCUCGACCUCGGAUCCAUCUCCACCACACUCCCCAAAGCCAUGGCCAAUACCCUCUGGGACACCAGGGCCAUCUUCUACACAGGAUGUGCUGCCCAGGUCUUCUUUUUAGUCUUCUUGGUUGGCGCAGAGUAUUCCCUUCUCACUGUCAUGGCCUAUGACCGGUACAUUGCCAUCUGCAAGCCCCUGCACUAUGGGAGCCUCCUGGGCAGCAGAGCUUGUGCCAAGAUGGCAGCAGCUGCCUGGGGCAGUGGGUUUGUCCAUGCUGUCCUGCACACUGCCAACACAUUUUCGCUGCCCCUCUGCCAAGGCAAUGCUGUGGACCAAUUCUUCUGUGAAAUUCCCCAGAUCCUCAAGCUGUCCUGCUCAGAUUCUUACCUCACGGAGAUAGCGCUCAUCAUGUUUUCUGCCUGUUUAGGUGCUGGUUGUUUUGUUUUCAUUGUGUUGUCCUAUGUGCAGAUCUUCAGGGCUGUGCUGAGGAUGCCCUCUGAGCAUGGCCGGCACAAAGCCUUUUCCACAUGUCUCCCUCACCUGGCCGUGGUUUCCUUGUUUCUAAGCACCAUCAUGUUUGCCUACCUAAAGCCCCCUUCCAUUUCCUCUUCAUUCCUAAAUGUGAUGGUGGCAGUUCUGUACUCGGUGGUGCCUCCAGCAGUGAACCCCCUCAUCUACAGCAUGAGGAACCAGGAGCUCAAGGAUGCAGUGAGGAAUCUCAUUGGAUACCUGCUUCUUUAGCAUCAGUAAUAUGCUUAUAAUACUAAUGGGACAC